ACUUAUUAAAUAGGUACAAUGGACGCAUUAUAUGGCUAUGCGCUUGAGUUAUAUGAGUUCUACAAUUAUCACCAUGCUAGAGGAGAUCCUAGGUCGAAAGAUUGGCCUCUUGUGGAAAACUACGCUCCAACUUUCGUGAUGACUGUAUUAUAUCUUUCUGCCGUUAAAUUUUUACCGAUCUACAUGCGAAACCGAAAACCAUUGAAAUUGAACCGGCUGAUGGUGGUUUACAACUUGGCUUUAGUAGCACUGAACUUCCACAUUUUCAAAGAGCUUAUGGUCUGCUCCUGGAGUCUCGGUUACAGUUACACUUGCCAGCCAAUAAAUUACUCUUUUGAUCCUCACGAACUUCGUAUAUCGAAGGCUAUCUGGUGGUAUUACAUUUCAAAGGGGAUUGAGUACAUGGACACGAUCAUCUUCAUUCUGCGGAAGAAGAAUGACCAGGUGUCAUUCCUUCAUGUCUACCAUCACGCCACAAUGUUCUCGCUCUGGUGGAUUGGUGUUAAGUGGGUGGCUGGAGGACAAGCUUUCUUUGGCUCGAUGAUCAAUUCAUGGAUACACGUUUUGAUGUAUCUGUACUACGGGUUAUCAGCCAUUGGACCGCACAUGCAGAAGUACCUGAAAUGGAAGAAGUAUCUUACACAGUUACAACUGACACAAUUUUGCCUUGGGAUUGGGAACGCAGCUGCAGGGAUUUACGUCAACUGCGAUUUCCCACAGUGGAUGGGAUAUGCUCUGGUAUUUUACGCGUCCAGCAUAAUGGCACUGUUUAUCAACUUCUACAUCCAGGCGUACAUUGCUGGAAAGCGACCCGGAGGCGAAGUGAAGUCCAAAAAGAAGGAAGAGAAAGCAGAAUAAUAUUCGAAAAAGCCAGGGUUCAAUGGGUCUUCAUUCCUCGUAAAAAUGUACAAAAAUACAGUAAAUCUGACCUCAUGAUAGAUGCAUUAACUAAGUUUCUGGCUAGAUUAUCAUUUUACUUUUGAGCUCAUACUUUCUUGCGUCAUAGUGCCAUAAUGUGUCAAUUGAUACCUAUUGAUUUUGAUCUCUUAUCUAUCCCUUAACUCGCUUUGUUUACAGUCGUGUUUCUUCCAAAAAGUCUUCGUGUUCGUCCUUCAAGAAUUCAACUUUCUGGAAACUCGAUUGUCUGGCAUGAAUAGAUUGAUACAUCGGAAAACAGUUUCUUGCAAUACUUUUAAAACUUAUUUUUUCAAGUAAAAACCUGAAAUGAGACGUGAAAUCUAUAAGCAGACAAUCGGGUCCUUUGUAAAUUUAAUUUGCAAUUUGUAAAUUUCUAUAAAAGCUCUGAUUAAAAUUUAUUUCAACAUGUCGCUACAAUAUUUAGUUACUGUAGCGUAAUGAUCUUGCUUUUCAGACUGAUUUCGUUUUGCUCAAUGUCAUGAAUGCGCACCAUUUGAUUUUCUUUUGAAGUUGAUUGAGCUGUGUAAUUGAAACCGGGACAUCAUUCAUCAGUUUGCAGUAAUUUCGCUAAUAAACUUUGCAUUUUCUCAUUGCUAGUCCUCCUUUUGAAGCAACCACGAUAGAUGUUUACCCCCGACAAAGUCAAAUUACUUACCAAUAUACAAUAAAUUCUAUCAAUUA